GCGAGAGUGCGAAUGUAGUGUUAGCAAAACCGUCUCUUAGUAACGAUGAGCUCGCUGAAAGUCAGCGAUGUGAAGCAGGUGGCGCGGCUACAGAAAGAAGCUGGCCGUUGUAAUUUAGUUAAAUUGCUAAAAUGGGAAGAUUUUGAUGAAGAAAAAGACUUAAAACCGGGUAUUCUUCUUGACUAUUUGUACAAUGCUAUUAUAUUUGCUGCUGGGAAAGGAUUUCCAUGGCCCAGUGUGGCUCUGGCAGCACAAUUUUCAGAGGAACUACUUUUCGAAACAGAAGGGAAAACUAUGCAAGAGGCCCUUCGUAAAUUGAGAAAUAAAUGCAACCAAUACCAAUGUAAACUGAAUCUUAGUUGCCUCCAACAAUUAGUCAAUUAUUUCUUUGGAACAUUCUUCAGACAUUAUCGUCUCUAUCAAUUUGUACUGUGUGAAGCCAGAGAGAUUGAUCAAAUCACGCAUAACCUUGAAGUUCACAUACCCCCAGAUAUACCACCUCUGAAAGAUGGAAUAGAUACUGAGCUUUGGAAACAUCAGCGGUACAUGACUGAACUCAGUAUGGCUGAAGCUCAGUUGCAGGCUGAUAUGUCAGCUUUCCGUGAGAACAUGCAACUGAAAAAUGAACAAGAACUGGAGAAAUUUUAUGAAGAUCUUAAAUUUCAAGAUAAAGAAAUGAUUGAAAGAGCAAAUCUAGAAAAACUUGUCAAGAAUGCCCAUGAUAUACAGAUAAUGGUAGCUUCUGAAAUUCUGCAAAAAGAGAUUGAAACAGCAUUUCAAAUCCUAGAUUUAAAAAUCCAGAAGACAACCACAGCCCUUCCAGGUUCCAAAUCAUCUCGAUCCUUUACAAAGGAAAUGAAAACUAAAAGAAUGAGUAUUAAGAAAUAGGAACAUUAUAAGAAUGCAGUUUUAAUAAUUGUGACAUUUUUAUCAAGAAAAUAAAAUUUAUACCCAAUAUGCAAAAAUCUGGUUAUUUCAGUGAAUGAAAGUCAAUAAUCAAAGCCAUCUUCAUUUUCACAUUUAUUGGAAAUUUCUUGUUAGCUAUUGCAUUAGUAUAUUUAUGUAUUCAAAAUGAUGUGGUCAUAUUCUGCAUGUCAUAGAUGCUGAUCUUUUUCACCAUUUUUCCUGUUAACCAAAUAGCAAAUGUCUAAAGUGAACAUUUGAGUUAUGACUUGAACUUUAUUUUAUAAUAUUUAGAUCAUGCCAAGAUUAAAUGGUAUCUUUAUAAUUAUACUUCCCAUUGUGUCAAACAAAUAAUUUGUCUUGAAGUUACUCUGAUUUAUUUUUGUUUGUCGCGCUCUGUUUCAUCCAGUUGUCUGAAUUCUUCACCCAACUUUCUCGGCAUGCUGGAUUUUAAUUCUGACAGGUAGUUGGGAUUUCAAUGAGUUA